AUGGCGAAGAGGCCGCGCAGUGAGGAAGAUGAUGAUGACCUUCACUAUGCAGAUCAUGACUAUGAAGUACCACAACAAAAAGGCAUAAAGAAGAUUUGUAAUAGAGUAAAAUGGACACGUGAUGAGGAUGAAAAGCUGAAAAAAUUAGUGGAACAGCAUGGGACGAGUGAUUGGACAUUCAUUGCUAGUCAUCUACAAAAUCGUUCUGAUUUUCAGUGCCAGCAUCGAUGGCAGAAAGUCCUAAACCCAGAACUGAUUAAAGGUCCUUGGACUAAGGAAGAGGAUCAGCGGGUUAUUGAACUUGUUCAGAAAUACGGUCCAAAGCGCUGGUCUUUGAUUGCAAAGCACUUAAAGGGAAGAAUAGGGAAGCAGUGUCGAGAAAGGUGGCAUAACCAUCUUAAUCCAGAGGUUAAAAAGUCUUCAUGGACUGAAGAGGAGGAUAGAAUCAUCUAUGAAGCUCACAAACGUUUGGGAAACCGGUGGGCUGAAAUAGCAAAACUACUUCCUGGAAGGACUGAUAAUUCAAUAAAAAAUCAUUGGAACUCGACGAUGAGAAGAAAAGUUGAACAAGAAGGAUAUUUGCAAGAUGGAAUCAAGACAGAACGACCUUCUUCAUCAAAACUGCCACACAAAACUUGCUCUUCUAAUGAUCAUCUUCAUACCCAGAAUCAGUUUUAUAUACCAGUUCAGAUUCCAGGGUACCAGUACAUGUCAAUAGAAGGCAACUGCAUAGACCAUAUUCCGACUUCUUCCAACUUUAUUCAGCAGCCAUUUGAUGAUGAUCCUGACAAAGAGAAGAAAAUAAAAGAACUUGAGUUGCUACUUAUGUCAGCUGAAAAUGAAAUCAGAAGAAAGAGAGUCUCAUCUCAAGCUGGAAAUUUUUCUAGCUGGUCUGGAAGCUUCAUUAUGGAAGAUAUGUCAAAUACCCUGAAUAACCUUGGGGAACAAGCAAAUGACUUUUACGCUAUAGAAGAAACCCAAGCUGCAGGAGUUCAGCAGAACUCUCCGACCAAAUAUCUAGCUGUGGAGGCAAAUGCAGUUUUAUCUUCUCUACAAACCAUUCCUGAAUUUGCAGAGACACUAGAACUCAUUGAAUCUGAUCCUGUAGCAUGGAGUGAUGUCACCAGUUUUGACCUUUCCGAUGCAGCUACUUCCCCUGUCAAUCAAGCACCAGUAAAACAGAUGCAGAUUCAACACAGUGAUGGGGCCAUGGAGUGCCAAUUCAAUGUCAGUGUUGUUCUUGAUGGCAAGAAAACAAGUGAUGAAGAGGCAACUGUGUCAGCAUCCCCAAGUGUAACCAAGUUCAGCACUCCCCCUACCAUUUUGCGGAAGAAGAAGAAACCUAGAUCUGGACAGUCACCAGUCGGUGAACAGAAUGAUGGCUCAUGUAGCAGUGCUGCCAAUAUUGCACUAAAGCAAACACCAGUGAAAACACUACCAUUUUCUCCCUCCCAGUUCUUUAACACCUGUUCUGGAAAUGAGCAGUUUAACCUUGAAAAUCCUGCAUUUACAUCAACUCCAGUCUGUGGACAGAAAGUUCUUACUACAACUCCCUUUCAUAAUAAAGAAGUGACGCCCAAAGAUCAAAAAGAAAAUGCAGGUUUUAGGACGCCUACUAUUAGAAGAUCUCUUCUGGGUACAACACCAAGGACUCCAACUCCAUUUAAGAAUGCUUUAGCUGCUCAGGAAAAAAAAUACGGUCCUCUGAAAAUUGUGUCACAGCCACUUGCUUAUUUGGAAGAAGAUAUUAGAGAAGUUUUAAAGGAGGAAACUGGAACAGAUAUAUUCUUUAAAGAAGAGGAGGAAUCUGUCUGUAAGGGCUCCAAACAAGAGAACCCUUCUGCAAAGAAAGUCAGGAAGUCCUUAGUCUUGGAUCCUUGGGAGAAAGAAGAGCUUGGUGCCCAGCUUUUUACAGAGGACAAUAUUUUAGAUGUGCAGUCAGAAAAUAUCUAUACUACAUCACUCCUCAUGAUUCCAUUACUGGAAAUACAUGACAACAGGGGAAACCUGACUCCAGAGAAACAGGAUUCCAGCUCAGCAAAGAUGAAUGCAGCAGUGAAAAAAAAGCUAAAUACUUGCACUUCAAAAAAUGUCAAAACAGAAAAGAUGCUUCAGGCAAAUUGUGAAUGGGAAACUGUUGUUUAUGGGAAGACAGAAGAUCAGCUUAUCAUGACUGAGCAAGCAAGAAGGUACCUGAACACCUACACAGCUACUGGCAGCACUUCAAGGGCUCUGAUCUUGUGA